AUGUAUGAGGAGAACCGAAAAAGAAAUGGCUACUCGGCCGAAGACGGCGGAGGAGAAGGGGAGGAAGAGGAGGAGGAGGAGGGCGGCGAGGGGGACGAGGGCGAGGAGAAGGGUGGGGAGGAGGGGGAAGGGGGCGGCGGAGAGAUGAACGGGGGCCACAAGAUGGCACGCACCGACACCAUGAACUCCACCACCAGCUCCACGGCCACGCAGAAGAAAAGGAGCCAGCAUGCCAAGAAACAGGUGCAGAGCAACCAGCAGGUGCAGCGAGCGCCCAGGGCCCUCUUCUGCCUCAAGCUCAACAACCCCAUACGCCGCGUAGCGCUCUCCAUUGUGGAGUGGAAGCCGUUUGACAUCUUCAUCUUACUGGCUAUCUUUGCCAACUGUGUGGCUUUGGGCGUGUCCAAGCCUUUUCCUGAAGACGACUCCAAUGCCACCAACCACGACCUGGAACAAGUGGAGUAUGUUUUCCUCAUCAUUUUCACCAUCGAGACCUUCCUAAAGAUUCUUGCCUACGGUCUGGUCAUGCACCCCAGCUCCUACAUCCGCAAUGGCUGGAACUUGUUGGACUUUGUCAUUGUCAUCGUCGGACUGUUCAGUGUGGUUCUGGAGACCGUCACCCAUAAACCCCAUGGCGAGGCCGCCUCUACCCACCACGUGCCAGGCAAGCCAGGCGGCCUGGACGUCAAAGCCCUGCGUGCCUUCAGAGUGCUCCGACCCCUACGACUGGUCUCGGGAGUGCCAAGUCUCCAGAUUGUGCUGAACUCCAUCAUGAAGGCCAUGGUCCCCCUGCUGCACAUCUCCCUGCUGGUCCUCUUCGUCAUCAUCAUCUACGCCAUCAUCGGCCUCGAGCUCUUCAUCGGACGCAUGCACCGCACCUGCUUCUUUAUUGGCACAGAGGACUAUGCUGAUGAUGACCCUCUGCCAUGUGCGUUUGCGGGCCAUGGACGCCACUGCAUGGUGAACGGAUCUGAGUGCAGGGGCAAGUGGGAUGGCCCCAACAACGGCAUCACCAACUUCGAUAACUUCUUCUUUGCCAUGCUCACUGUGUUCCAGUGCAUUACUAUGGAAGGCUGGACUGAUGUGCUAUACUGGAUGAACGAUGCCAUAGGGUUCGAGCUGCCUUGGGUCUACUUCGUGAGUCUAGUCAUCUUUGGCUCUUUCUUCGUCCUGAACCUUGUGUUGGGUGUGUUGAGCGGAGAAUUCUCCAAGGAGCGAGAGAAGGCGAAGGCGCGUGGAGACUUCCAGAAGCUGCGAGAGAAACAGCAGAUGGAAGAGGACCUGUGUGGAUACAUGGACUGGAUCACCCAGGCAGAGGACAUCGACGAGGAGGAUGAGGAUGGAAAUAAACGCCCAUCGCUGCGUGAUCUCUCCGACAAGAAGAGGGGUUCCAAAUUCGGCUGGUUCAGCCACUCCAACGAGACACAUGCGAGUCUCCCUGCUAGCGAGGCAGGCUCAGAGAACACAGAGAACAUCGAUGACGAACACGUUGAUUGCUGCACAGUCUGCUGUGCAAAAAUCGCGAAAAUCCCAGGCUGUCGAACUCUGCGUCGCUGGAACCGGGCAGUUCGUAGGAACUGUCGUACGGCGGUGAAGUCGGUGCCAUUCUAUUGGCUGGUUCUGCUCCUGGUGUUCCUCAAUACGGCGCUGAGUGCCUCAGAACACUACAACCAGCCUGAAUGGCUCACAGACUUCCAAAACAUUGCCAACAAGGUGCUGCUGUCCCUCUUCACGGUGGAGAUGCUGCUGAAGAUGUACAGCCUGGGUCUGGCGGGCUACUUUGUGGCGUUCUUCAACCGCUUCGACUGCUUCGUGGUGUGCGGCGGCAUCCUGGAGACGGUGCUGGUGGAGCUGGAGAUCAUGCCCCCGCUCGGCAUCGCCGUGCUGCGCUGCGUACGCCUGCUCAGGAUCUUCAAAGUCACCAGGCACUGGACGGCCCUGUCCAACCUGGUGGCGUCUCUGCUGAACUCCAUGAAGUCCAUCGCCUCCCUGCUGCUGCUGCUCUUCCUCUUCCUCAUCAUCUUCGCCCUGCUCGGCAUGCAGCUCUUCGGCGGCAAGUUCAACUUCGACGAGACGCAGACCAAGCGCAGCACCUUUGACUCCUUUCCCCAAGCCCUGCUUACCUGUUUUCAGAUCUUGACAGGUGAGGACUGGAACAUGGUGAUGUAUGACGGCAUCAUGGCCUAUGGUGGACCACACUUCCCUGGCAUGAUCGUCUGCUUGUACUUUGUCAUCCUCUUCAUCUGUGGUAACUAUAUCCUCCUGAAUGUCUUCUUGGCUAUCGCUGUGGACAACUUGGCUGGUGGAGAAGAAGAGAAGAAGCCAGAAGAGAAGAAAGAGGGAGAAGGGGGGGGAGAAGGAGCAGCUGAAAAUGAAGAAGUGAAGGUGGAUGUGGAUGAGUAUGAGGAAGAGGAGGAAGCAGAGGGAGAGGAAGAGGAAGGAGAAGAUCAGCUAAAAAUAGCUGACUUGGCCCCACCCAAGGAGAAGGUCCUGCCCAUCCCCGAGGGCAGUGCUUUCUUCUGCCUCAGCAACACCAACCCGAUCAGGGUGGGCUGCCACACUCUAAUCCAUCAUCACAUCUUCUGCAACCUCAUCCUGGUCUUCAUUAUCCUCAGCAGCAUCUCGCUGGCCGCUGAGGACCCCAUCAGGGCACACUCCUUCAGGAACAACCUUCUGGGCUAUGCUGACUAUGCGUUCACAUCCAUAUUCACGGUGGAGAUCCUCCUCAAGAUGACCGUUCACGGUGCGUUCCUGCAUCAGGGCUCCUUCUGUCGAAACGUCUCCAACCUGCUGGACCUGCUGGUGGUCAGCGUGUCGCUGGUCUCCUUCUUCCUGCAUUCGAGUACCAUCUCGGUGGUCAAGAUCCUCCGUGUGUUAAGGGUGCUCAGGCCUCUCCGAGCCAUCAACAGGGCUAAAGGACUUAAGCAUGUGGUGCAGUGUGUGUUUGUGGCCAUCCGAACCAUCGGCAACAUCAUGAUCGUCACCACUCUGCUGCAGUUCAUGUUUGCCUGCAUUGGGGUGCAGCUCUUCAAGGGGAAGUUUUAUCGUUGCACAGACGAAGCUAAGCACACACCAGAUCAGUGCAAAGGGACGUUUGUGGUGUAUAAGGACGGGGAUGUGGAGCACCCCAUGGUGAGGGAGAGGAUAUGGCACAACAGCGACUUCAACUUUGACAACGUCCUCAUGGGCAUGAUGGCUCUCUUCACCGUCUCCACCUUCGAGGGCUGGCCAGCGCUUCUUUACAAAGCCAUCGACGCCAACUCUGAGAACCACGGCCCCGUCUACAACUACCGCGUAGAGAUCUCCAUCUUCUUCAUCAUCUACAUCAUCAUCAUCGCCUUCUUCAUGAUGAACAUCUUCGUGGGUUUUGUCAUCAUCACGUUCCGCGAGCAAGGAGAGGCCGAGUUCAAGAACUGCGAGCUGGACAAGAACCAGAGGCAGUGUGUGGAGUUUGCACUGAAGGCCCAGCCCCUGAAGCUGUACAUCCCGAAGAAUCCAUUCCAGUAUAAGUUCUGGUCCAUAAUCAACUCCACAGCGUUUGAGUACAUCAUGUUCGUGCUGAUCCUCCUCAACACUGUCACCCUGGCAGUACAGCACUAUGAGCAGUCUAAGACCUUCAGUCACAUCAUGGACAUCCUGAACAUGGUGUUCACGGGCCUCUUUACUGUGGAAAUGAUCAUCAAGCUACUCGCCCUCAGGCUCAGGCACUAUUUCAUGGAUGCCUGGAACUCCUUCGAUGCCCUUAUUGUGGUGGGCAGUGUGGUGGAUAUCGUAGUCACUGAAUUCAGCAGCGGUGAAGACAGCUCUCGAGUGUCCAUCACCUUCUUCCGUCUGUUCCGUGUCAUGCGAUUGGUCAAGCUGCUCAGCAAGGGGGAGGGCAUUCGCACCUUGCUCUGGACAUUCGUCAAAUCACUUCAGGCCCUGCCGUACGUAGCUCUGCUCAUUGCCAUGAUCUUCUUCAUCUAUGCCGUCAUCGGUAUGCAGACCUUUGGGAAGAUCGCCAUGCAAUCUCACACGCAGAUCAAUCGGAACAACAACUUCCAGACUUUUCAGCAGGCUGUGCUGCUGCUCUUCAGGUGUGCGACGGGGGAGGCGUGGCAGGAGAUCAUGCUGGCCAGUCUGCCCGGUAAGCGCUGUGACCCGGAGUCGGACUACGAGCCCGGAGAGGAGUUCACCUGCGGCAGCAACUUCGCCAUCAUCUACUUCAUCAGCUUCUUCAUGCUCUGCGCUUUCCUGAUUAUCAAUCUGUUUGUGGCCGUCAUCAUGGACAACUUUGACUAUCUGACGCGCGAUUGGUCUAUUUUGGGGCCCCACCAUCUUGAUGAGUUCAAGAGAAUCUGGUCAGAGUACGAUCCUGAAGCCAAAGGGCGUAUUAAGCACCUGGACGUGGUAGCUCUGCUGAGGAGGAUCCAGCCCCCCCUGGGCUUUGGCAAGCUGUGCCCCCACCGAGUAGCCUGCAAGAGGCUGGUGGCCAUGAACAUGCCUCUGAACAGUGAUGGCACUGUGACCUUCAACGCCACCCUCUUUGCACUGGUGAGAACUGCCCUGAAGAUCAAAACGGAAGGGGACCCCAUGCAGGAGAACGAGGAGCUGAGGGCGAUCAUCAAGAAGAUUUGGAAGCGCAUGAAGCCCAAGAUCCUGGAUGAAGUCAUUCCGCCACCUGCUGAGGAGGAAGUGACGGUGGGCAAGUUCUAUGCCACGUUCCUGAUCCAGGAUUACUUCAGGAAGUUCCGCAAGAGGAAAGAGAAAGGGGGCCUGGGGGAACCAGACCCCAACAACCCCUCCGCUUUACAGGCAGGUCUGCGUACGUUACAGGACCUGGGCCCAGAGAUGAGGCAGGCCAUGGUGGCAGACCUGGAGGAAGAGGAGGAGGAGGAAUGCAUGGAGGAGGAGCCAGAGGAGGAUGACGCCCACUAUAAGGGGGAGAAUGGCUAUGCGGGUCACUCGGAGCCCUCGGCCAAAGACCGCCGAACCUCCAUGAUCCCCAACUCCAGCAGCAUGUCGGGCCCCCUGCCCCGCGACGGGGUCUCCAACGGCGGGCUGUCUCACCACCGCGGCUCCAUGGCCAAGACGCCCAACGGAGGCGGGCUGAUGGAGGAGGAUAUGAGGAGGGAGGAUGCCAGGAUUCACCACUCACACCACAGGAACGGGGUCAUCGACCACCCGCCCAAGAGAACUUCCUAUUACAAGCACUCUCGGCGGGAGUCCAGCAGGGACCACUACAGCAGCUCGCGCAGGAAAGAGCUGAUGGAUGGCGAGGACGGGUACCCGGGAGAGCCGGGCUAUUACAGGGAGGACGACAGCGAAAGCAUUAUCUCAAGAGAGAGGCAGGGCUACCCUGAGGAGCACAUGAGGUACCCGGGGCACCGUGGGCAGCUGUAUGACUCACCUUCGGGCAUGUACGCCAACCAGUACGUCAACGGCUACGGGGACGCCCGCCGGACCGCACGCCGACGCCUGCUGCCUGCCACGCCCACAGGUCGUAAACCAUCCUUUAACAUCCAGUGUCUAAGACGCCAGGGCAGCAGUGAUGACCUCCCCAUACCUGGCACCUAUCACCAGAACUCACCCCCCUACAGAGCACGCUCACAGGCGUACGGGGGUAAUGGCAGCUACGAGUCCCGGCGCAGCAGCAGCCGCUCCUCCACGGGCUCCUCUGCCUCCUGGGCCAACCCUGGCCCGCGCCGGGGCCGGCUGCUCUACGCUCCCCUCAUCCUGGUGGAGGAGGAAGGGGGCCCUGGCUCCGGCACCACCACCACCACCACCACCACCAGCGCCGCCACCUGGGGCGACAAGAAGACCUCCAUGGCCAACGUGCCCGGGUCGGGGCGGCCGGGCUGGUACGGUGCGCCAUCUGCGCCGGCAGGGAUGGUCGGAGGCGGCGGGCAGCCGUACAGGGCCUACACUACCCUCAGGGUGCCCGCCCAUCUGGGCCCACACUACGGGGAGAAGAGGGGCAGCGCCGACAGCCUGGUGGAAGCGGUGUUGAUCUCCGAGGGGCUGGGCCUGUACGCUAAGGACCCCAAAUUUGUGGCCUUCGCCAAGCGAGAAAUCGCCGACGCCUGUCAGAUGACAAUUGACGAGAUGGAGAGCGCAGCCAGCGACCUGCUGAGCAGAGGAGGAGAGAGAUGCUCCAGUGGCUACCUCAACCACACGGACAUGGGCCCCAUGUACAGCGAUGAGGAACCAAUCAGGGGCCGCGAUGAGGAGGAACUGGCGGAUGAGAUGACCUGUGUCACGUCGUUCUGAGGCACUGUGAAGGACCAAUCAGGAAACAGAAGAGAGAGGGACUAGAAAAUAAUGGAUGGCCAAUCAAAACAUUGUUGUUCUGAGGCACCGAAGGACCAAUGAGGAGACUGAGGAGAAAGGCGGGAGGGAGUCGGAAAGCGUGGCUGGCUAGCCAAUCAAAACAAGGCAUGGAUUGGUCUGUGCGUGGCAGUGGGGAAAAAGGGCACGCGCGUGUAGCGCACACACGCAUGCACACUCACUGCGGAGAUGAGGCUGGGUCUGAGAUCAGAGAUGAGAGGGCAUGUGUGAUCGCUGCAGAUUGUGAAGACAGAGGUUAAAUUUAGACCUCAGCGCAAA